AUAAUUAAAAAUAUCACAUUUCUGUAAAUCAAGUAGCCAACUCUUAGGAAAACAGUUAUUCUACAGCCACACCGGAACUUGCAAAACCAGAUUUGUUGGUAUCUUAUCAAAGUUUAAUGUUGAAAUGCAGCAAAUCUUAACAAAAAAAAAAACAACAACCAAAAAACCACAACAACCCCAAACAAGCAAGAAAACAAUAAACCAAACAGAGUCGCCCAGUACAGGAGGUUCCAGCGUAUUAAUACCGCGCGGCGCACUCAGCAGAAGUAAAGGCGAGACGGUGCAGACAUGGCACAAUCACGCGCGGACAGCAGCGGUCGACCUCCAGCGCCAACUGUAGGUCUCGAGGCGGAGCGUCGCGAGAGGCCGUUACCUCGUGCCCUUUGCACCCGCCUACCGAGGGAUGUGUCGAGUCCCAGGGAUGCAUUAGGACAAGCGCGCUGUGACUCUGCGCACGGCAGGUGCUGUGUCUGGUCCGUCUGUUGUUUACGGCAAUAGAGCGGUCUGAACGUGAACUUCACAGCCGCCGCAACUGCACUUCUGGGCUGCUCCGGUGUGUGCGAGGACGACGCUGAGAGUAAGGACGUAGCGAGCGGAAUCCUCCUCGUCCCUGCACACCUGCGGAUAUACGGGCACGUUUUGCGCGCUCGCGGCCGUCCGCUUAAAGCAGGUUCCUGCCCACAUUCCGUGAGCCAUGCUGGAGAAACAGCCGUACGACAGCCCCCCAAUGUACAGCCCACCAUCCAAUGGCUUCGGACCCCCAGGGAGCUUUCAGACCCCCCGCAGCGAUUUCGACGGUUACCCUCCCCCUCCGGGUUCCUACUUCAUGGCCGAGGAGGUGCCGCAGUACUUCUACAAGUGGUCCUCUCCUCCCGGGAUCGUGAAGAUCAUGGAAGGAGCCGUGGUGGUGCUGUGUCUCGGAAUCUUUGCCUGUGUGGCGUCCACACUGGUGUGGGACAUGCAGUACGGCUACGGGUUCGGGACCGGGUACGGCAGCGGCUAUGGCACGGGCUACGGAUCCGGCUACGGAUACGGGAGCUACGGGAGCUAUGGGGGCUACGGGGGCUACGGGGGCUACUACAAUUACCCCACCCCCUACUCCGCCAAAACAGCCAUGAUCGCCAUGGCAGCCAUCAACUUCAUCGCAGCACUGGCAUUCUUCGUGGCCAGCUUCUCCAAGACGAGGACGGUGCGCGGCAGGAAGUUCUUCCUGGCCGUGCUGGUGUGCAACGCCAUCCUGGCCGUCCUGCAGGCCAUCAUCAACAUCGUGUACAUCGUGGGUGUCAACCCCAUGGCCCAGAGCUCUUCUAGUAUGUUCUACAACCCCAUGCUGAUGAUGUGUCAGAACCUGUAUGGGAACAGCAUGACGGGGAUGGGGGCAGGGUUUCCCCUCUAUAACCAGUACCUCUACCACUACUGCUACGUGGACCCCCAGGAGGCCGUGGCGAUGGUGUGUGGUUUCCUGGUGGUGAUUGCGUUGGCUGUGGCUGCAUUCUUCUCCUUUAAGACCAGGAGUAAGAUCUGGCGCCAUGGGAAGCCCAACGUGUACUGGGACAAGCCGCUGACCCAGGGCCCGGAGGGCCGAGACGUGGAGGACUGGGUGAACAAGGUGGAGGAUGGACAGAGCGUCCGUGAGGCAUCCGUCAUGUUUUCAGAGAAAGCGUCUCCACCCCUCAACUCGGCCCACAGUGUGACCUCCAUCCCCCUGAAGAGUCCCGAGGACACCGGUGGUGACCCCUACACGCCCCCUGCCUACUCGGACCGUGUUCUCAGUCGUUCGUACGAGGUUCUGUCCCCGGCUGGCGGGGCCAGCUCUAGCCCCUCGGACCGCACAGACGGGAUACGCAGGCCUUCGGCCCACCGGGGCAAACGGCGCCGCAGGAAUCCUGAUCUGGACGAGUCCCAGUACGAGACAGAGUACACAACAGGGGGAGAGACGACCAAUGACCUGGACCAGGACCACUGGAUGAGCAUGUACCCCGAAAUCACCUCCGACACCCAGCGGCAGGAGUACAAGCUGGAGUUUGACUCAGACCUGAGGAGAUACAAACAGCUUUGCGCGGAGAUGGACGACAUCAAUGACGAGCUGAACAAAUUAAAUCGGGAACUGGACACACUCGACGAGGGCACUGCCAAGUACCAGGCAGUGGCAGAGGAAUUCAAUCGACUGAAAGACCUGAAACGGAUGCCGGACUAUCAGGAGCAGAAGGUGCAGUGUCAGCGACUGCGUCACAAGCUCUUCCACAUUAAGCGUAUGGUAAAGAAUUAUGAUCGAGCGCAGUCAUAGUGCCCACCCAACUCCCCCGCCGACGCUGGGCACUUCCGCUUCUCCAGUGAGUGACGUUAAGACAGGCACUAACACUGCCUGGAUCUGAACCUGCCCAAUCUAAGGUCUCACCCACCCUCUAACGAUUAACCUGCACCUUGGAUACAGUUGCUAUGGCGAAGGGGGCCCGGGAUUCCAAACCCAAGCCCAUUCUGCCCGUGUGCCUCUGACCAGGAAGUUAAUCUGCAUGCCAGGAACUGUUUCUGCGGCUCAAGUCUCCCUCUCGUCCGUGUGUGUGGUAAAGGUCAGUGUGUUUCCCUACGUUCACCACACCAGAAAGCAUUACUCAGGUGUCAUAGUUCUGCUUGGUACGGGUGUGGCUGAACAAACUCUGGGCAAACUUACUGCCUCUGAUAAGAGUUUGAGUUUGUUCCUGAUAUGGAAGAAAUGUUCUUUGGUUUGAGAUUCAUGAUAAAGAAAGAGAGAGAAAAAGAGAGAUGUGUUAUGUGUGGGGGUGUGGGGGUGUGUGUGAGGGUCUGCGCACAUACAUGUGCGUGAGUAGUCACUGUCAGGUAAUUUAUGCAGUGUGUGUGUGUGUGUGUGUGUGUGUGUGUGUGAGAGUAUACUCACUGUCAGGUAACCAAUGUGACUUAAGUGUUCUUGAAAACGUGAAUUCUGAUUAUGAAAAUUAAAAUGUAUCCUAAACAAAAAGGAAAAAAAACCUCCCAUAAGUACUAAUGCUUUUGUCCUUUAUGGAUGAGGGGGGCAGUCCAAGCAAAACAGUUCCUGGAAAACGUAUGAACCUACGGCAUGCUUUCUAAUAAAUAUUCAUGCUCUCUAAUGAAUAUUCCCUCGCCAUCUACUGCAUAUUUCUGAAAACUUUUUUCAAAUGUGACAGCCAGAGUAAAAUACACAUAUUGGGCCAUUUCUGCUGAUCUGAUGAUUAACAUUUCACAGAACUUGGAAUUGUAGCACGGAUGUCUUAAGGCAAGCUAUUAAAAAAGACAUUCAGAACAAGUGUGCCAAUAGUCCACUAUGCAAAAAUGCUAAACGUCUGUACUUAUAUUCUGUAAAUUAUCUAUAUUUGGGGAAUCCCUUUGUCUCUUGAGUUUGGUCCUAUUGUAUUUGAUUGAUGUUGAACACAAUAUAAAGAGAUUUGAUCGCUGUCCUGUGUGUCUACACUGAUCCACCGCCUUGCAAGAUCCAGUGUAUGUUUCUUAUUGUUAGAUAUUAGGAUUUAUUGAUAUAUGUUCUUUGUUUAUAUUUUUGUAAAGAAAAUAUAUCAUUAUAAAAGGUAUCGGUGACUUUUAA